UCAGUCCAGGUUUUAUUUCUAAGCAGUCGCAGCAGCCUCUAAGCAGUCGCAGCUAGUCCUCUGGCUCCAGGACCCCUUGGCGGAAGCGCCUUGAAUCCCGAGCCACCGCAGCUUGAAAGUCCACGCGCUGAGCAUGGAGGAACCGGAGGGUUCAGGCUCCCUUGGAGGUGACCGAGAAGGGCGCGUCUGGAGACGCCACUGGGUAAUGAAGCUCCAGGAAGUAUAAGUGAGACACCCAGGCGGAUUUCAAGAGAACAACUUUUUGUACUGAUAUCAGCAGCGUCCAUUAAUUUAAGUUCCAUGAUGUGCUAUUCUAUCCUUGGACCCUUCUUUCCCAAGGAGGCUGAAAAGAAAGGAGCCAGCAAUACCAUUAUUGGCAUGAUCUUUGGAUGUUAUGCUUUGUUUGAUUUCUUGUCAUCUUUGAUAUUUGGAAAUUAUCUUGUACACAUUGGAGCAAAAUUUAUGUUUGUAGCAGGAAUGUUUGUCUCUGGAGGAGUUACAAUUCUCUUUGGUGUAUUGGAUCAAGUUCCAGAUGGACCAGUGUUUAUUGCUAUGUGUUUUCUAUUGAGAAUAGCAGAUGCCAUAAGCUUUUCUGCAGCAAUAACUGCAUCUUUUUCUAUCCUUGCAAAGACUUUUCCAAAUAAUGUGGCUACAGUGUUGGGAAGUCUUGAGACUUUUUCUGGACUGGGACUUGUGCUAGGACCUCCUUUAGGUGGCUUUUUAUAUCAGUCCUUUGGCUAUGAGGUGCCUUUUAUAAUUCUGGGAUGCAUAGUUCUGCUGAUGGUACCACUCAACAUGUAUAUUUUACCUAAUUAUGAGUCUGAUCCGAAUGAACACUCUUUCUGGAAACUCAUCAGUUUACCCAAGGUUGCCGUGAUAGCCUUCACCAUCAUAUCAGCCAGUUCCUGUUUGGGCUUUCUUGAUCCUACUCUGUCUCUUUUUGUUUUGAAAAAGUUUAAUUUACCACCUGGCUAUGUGGGACUGGUAUACCUCGGUAUGGCAUCAUCUUACAUGAUUUCUUCACCACUGCUUGGCCUACUAAGUGACAAAGUGCCAUAUCUAAGGAAGUGGUUUCUGGUCCUUGGAAGCUUGAUCACAGCAGUAUGCUACAUGCUUUUAGGACCUGUCCCAGUUUUGCACAUUAAAAGUCAGCUCUGGCUCUUGGUGUUGAUAUUGGUCAUAAAUGGCAUGUCCGCUGGAAUGAGUAUAAUUCCUACUUUUCCAGAGAUUCUCAGUUGUGCACAUGAAAAUGGAUUUGCCAAAGGAUUAAGCACGUUGGGUCUUGUAUCAGGUUUCCUUGGUGCAAUGUGGUCAGUUGGUGCUUUUAUAGGACCAGUGAUAGGUGGAUUUAUGUAUGAGAAACUUGGUUUUGAAUGGGCAGCUGCUGUUGAAGGUCUGUUGGCUCUGGCAAGUGGAUUGUCUAUGGCUUUGUUUUAUCUAUGGGAACACUCAAGGAAAAGAAGUAGAUCUAAACUUCAAAAUACUCUUGGCACAGAGGAAGAACGAACUGCGCUCUUGUCUGAUGAAAGCUAGUCAUAAGAAUUUCACAUUGAUAGAUGUACGUGUCAAAGUUGGAAGGACUUUCUUAAUUUUAUACUCAUGACUCCAUGGACCCCACAUCAUCGUUCUGGAAAUGUUAACAUAUUUUACAUGAAACUUUUUGGGGAGGCUCUUUCUAUUGUCAGGGAAGGCUGACCUGCUGAACCAGUCAUACUCAAAACAUUACAAAAAGGAAGAACAUGAAAAAUAAAUAGCAGUUUCUGUAUUUAAUGACUAUACUUAGCUUUCAUUUUAUUGUUGACUCUGGCUUCUGUUUUCCUCUGUUUACUUAUUUUUCUAUGUGCACUGGUUUUGUGAAUGUACCUUUUUUAUUAACAGGAAAAGAAGUGGAUUGAUUUGAAAUUAAGAUGUGCAGCAUUAUUACUGCAAAAUCUUUUUUUGCACAAUCAUAAAAAAAUUCUAUUUUUAUUAUCUUUAUUUAUUUGAUAGAGACAGCAGAAAUUGAGAGGGAAUGGGGAAUAUAGAAAGGGAGAGAGGCAGAGAGACACCUGCAGCACUGCUACACCACUUGUGAAGCUUUCUCUUGCAGGUGGGGUCUGGGGGCUCGAACCCAGGUCCUUGCGCACUCUGACAUGUGCACUCACCCAGGUGUGCCAUCACCCGGCCCCCUGCACAAUCAUUUUUUAAAAGAUUUUUUUUUGUCAUCUUGAGAUUUUUGUUCUUGUUCCAAAGUCAUAAUUUUCUACCUUCCCUGCAAACACUAUUAUCAUUCCAUGGUUCUCAGCUCUUUGAAAACUUUUAUUUAUUUGAAAGCUACAAAAAUAACAUCAAUUAAACCUUCCAUUUUUGUGAUGCACUUUGAUUAUGAUCUAGAUUUACUACUCAUUUACCCUAAUAUCUCUGAUUUCAUUUUACCACAUUAAAAAAAAAUUACUCUUGGUAGAUGUAUCACAGUUCCCAAUGCAAGUGAGCCCACAGAAAUGUUUGUUCAAGUUUAAGGAAGGUGUUCUUGCUCUGACUUCGUGUACAAUCCAGACUGUUAUUUGGCAUGAAUGAAUCUUUACUGUGUGAUUCUCACACCUCCUGGCCCAUUUUCAUGGAUUAUGUUAAAAAAAAAAAAGAGAGAGCAAAUGAUUUUUAUCUACUUGUUAAUUAAAGAUAUUUAUUGAAAAACCUCUUCUGAACUGA